UGUGACAUUGAAACCUAUUCAGUUCUAAGGUCAUUAACAGGUAAACGCUCUUCACAUCAAAAAGCCCACUUUAAUAACACAAACUUGUACUGUGAAGAUGUUACUGAUUCAGAACUUCCUUUCUGUCCUUGCACUUCCUAUGGUCUUCUCCACCGGCCGCCAACCACAGCGCUUGUUGCCCUUGCCUUUUCGGGGUCAGUGGGCAUGACCCUACUGGUGCUGGGAUGUGCCCUGCCACAGCCCAGCAAUUGGUACCCCUUCUUCGUGGUGCUGUUUUACGUACUGUCGCCACUGCCCACGUUGAUAGCGCGCCGCUUCAAAGAGGACGUGGCGAGCUCAAGCGCAGCACAGGAGAUGGCCUACUUCAUCACCACCGGCAUCGUCAUCUCGGCCUUUGGCCUGCCCCUGGUGUUGGCACGGUCGCCCGCAGCACCCCACGCAGUGAUACAGUGGAGUGCCUGCGGCCUGGUACUUGCGGGAAACGUCGUCGUGUUCAUCACCAUCCUUGGCUUCUUUCUGGCCUUCGAUAACGACGAGGUCGACUACAACAUGUGGUGAAUAUUGCAGCGGCGGAGACGGACGACGUAUCCGCGUGUGUGUGUGCGCUGGUGAACUUAUAGUGCACACUGUACAUAGUGUGUAAUAAAAUUGCCCUCCCCAUCCUGCCCUGCAAGCUUUGCCAAGUGGGGCAGGUGAACAUUGCGUAGAAUAUGUAACUGUUGCUUUAUGGAUAGUGGAGCCAAAAAUUGUGCUUGUUGCGAUAAUUCAAAAGGGGCUCGCAAUAUGUCCGCUGUGUUACAGUUCUCAUGUUGAGCAUGGGAGAUAUAAUUUAUGUUUCUUUGUACAGCAUGAAAACCUUGCACGCCACAAAAAGACAUCGUGAGAAUGUUUGUACAAGACAUUGUCUGGCUAGAGAUCUGUAUUGUAUGUUAUGCUUACGACAGCGGCAUGAGCAGUUCAGGCACUCCGAAAGCAGCCUGUCCCUACCGGGUAGGUAUGUUGUUGUGGGCUACAAAGUUGCUCGUUUGCUUGGGAAUUUUGACAUUGUCACAAUGGUGCCUCUGUUAGUGAAUACUUCUGAUGUAGGCGUUUCGUUAUUUAAUGAGCAUGCAUUCCCCCUUCAAUCAUUGCGCUUGUGCUAACGAACUGUAAAUAAGGACUGGACUUGUAACCAAUAUAUGGGUUUAAUAAAAUGUGUACGACACCAA